AUGAGACACGCCAAGACCGUCGGCAUUGUCCACGAGGAUCCACUUUAUGGUAUUACUGAAGUCGCUGAACCAGUCGGUGUUAUCUGUGGCGUCACUCCAGUCACCAACCCAACAUCAACUGCCAUCUUCAAGUCCCUCAUUUCUAUUAAGACUAGAAACCCAAUCAUUUUCUCAUUCCAUCCAUCUGCUUUGAAAUGCUCUAUUGCAGCUGCUACUAUUGUCAGAGAUGCUGCUAUUGAAGCUGGUGCACCAAAUAACUGCAUUCAGUGGAUCGAGUUUGGUGGUAUUGAAGCGUCCAACAAAUUGAUGAACCACAAUGGUAUUGCUACUAUUCUUGCCACUGGUGGAGGAGCCAUGGUCAAGGCCGCUUAUUCAUCUGGAAAGCCAGCUCUCGGAGUCGGACCCGGAAAUGUCCCAUCAUACAUUGAGAAGUCAUGCAAUUUGUUACAAGCCAUCAACGAUGUUGUACUCUCGAAAUCAUUUGAUAAUGGUAUGAUUUGCGCUUCUGAACAAGCCGUUAUUAUUGACAAGGAAAUUUAUGACUCUGCUGUUACUGAGUUCAAGAGACUCCACGCUUACUUUGUGAACGAUGAAGAAAAGGCCAAGCUCGAGAAGUUAAUGUUUGGCGUUAAUUCAUUCUCUGCUGACUCUGCUAAUGCCAGACUCAACCCAAAAUGCCCAGGUAUGUCACCACAGUGGUUCGCUGAGAGCGCCGGAUUCACAGUCCCAGAAGAUACUUCUAUCAUCUGUGCCAUUUGCAAGGAAGUUGGUGUGAACGAGCCACUCACAAAGGAAAAGUUGUCACCCGUUCUUGCUGUUUUGAAGGCAGAAAACACUGCUGAUGGACUUGACAAAGCUGAAGCCAUGCUUGAGUUUGGUGGUCUUGGACACUCUGCUGCAAUUCACUCAAUAGAUACUCAAGUCGUUCAACAAUAUGCUUUGAGAAUGAAGGCGUGCAGAAUUCUCCACAACGUCCCAUCAUCACAAGGUGGAAUUGGAGGAAUUUAUAACUACAUUGACCCAUCUUUCACACUUGGAUGUGGUUCAUACGGAGGAAACUCAGUCAGUGCAAACGUCACAUAUCACAACUUGUUGAACAUUAAGAGACUUGCUGAGAGAAGAAACAACCUCCAGUGGUUCAGAUGCCCACCAAAGAUCUUCUUCGAGCCACACGCGAUCAGAUACUUGAAAGAACUUAAGGAGUGCUCAAAGAUCUUUGUCGUCUCAGACAGAAUGAUGUACAAACUUGGAUAUGUUGACAGAGUCAUGGACGUCUUGAAGAGAAGACAGAAUGACGUUGAAAUUGAAAUCUUCAUUGAUGUCGAACCAGAUCCCUCAAUUCAAACAGUCAGAAAGGGACUUGCUGUGAUGAACACAUUCAGUCCAGAUAACAUCAUUGCCAUUGGUGGUGGAAGUGCAAUGGAUGCGGCCAAGAUCAUGUGGCUGUUGUACGAACACCCAGAAGCCGAUUUCUUCAGCAUGAAACAGAAAUUCUUGGACUUGAGGAAGAGAGCGUUCAAAUUCCCAACAAUGGGCAAGAAGGCAAGACUUAUUUGCAUCCCAACUACAUCAGGAACUGGUUCUGAAGUCACUCCAUUUGCUGUCAUCUCAGACACUGACACUGGUAAGAAGUAUCCACUUGCCGAUUACUCAUUGACUCCAUCAGUCGCUAUCAUCGACCCAAUGUUCACAGUCUCGUUGCCAAAGAGAGCUAUUGCCGAUACGGGACUUGAUGUCUUGGUCCAUGCUGUUGAAGCAUAUGUCUCAGUUAUGGCCAAUGAAUACACAGACGGUCUUGCCAAAGAAGCAGUCAAAUUGGUCUUCGACAACUUGGUCAAGUCAUACAAUGGUGAUUUAAUCGCUAGAGAGAAGAUGCACAACGCAGCUACCAUUGCUGGUAUGGCAUUUGCUUCCGCAUUCCUUGGUAUUGCCCACUCUAUGGCCCACAAAGUUGGAGCUGCCUUCCAUAUUCCACACGGCAGAUGUGUUGCAGUCUUAUUACCACACGUCAUCAGAUACAACGGUAUCAUCCCAAGAAAGUUGUCUAUGUGGCCAAAGUACAACACUUAUGUCGCUGACGAGAGAUACAACAACCUUGCUCAUUUGGUUGGAAUCACUACUGAAAGCAACGCAAGCGGUGUUGAGUUGUUUGCCAAGGCUUGUGAGAAGUUGAUGCUCGAAACUGAGACAAUCACUGGUUUCAAGCAGGCUGGUAUUAAAGAAGAGGACUGGAUGUCACACGUUAAAGAGAUGGCGCUCCUUGCUUUCGAGGAUCAGUGCUCGCCAUGCAAUCCAAAGGUCCCAAUGGUUGUUGAUAUGGAGAAGAUUCUCAAGGAGGCUUACUAUCCAAUCGCCUAA